AUGUCUAAGAUCUCAUCAACACGAAGAAUGAGUACGGCAAUCCAAUAUUACAAACCCAACGAUGCAGAGCCAGAAUAUGACCUUGUCGAAGUUGAGGUGGACGUUGAAUCGAAAGCCGGCCAUGACUCCAGUGAAGACAGUGACAAGGUCGCAGUAAAGGAUCUGCUCACUCAGGUUCUCAAAGAAAUUCGUAACGGAGAACUCCUCGCUGCCUUCACUGCCCAUCGGGGCCCAGACCUCGCCCGCCAGACUGGAGAUAAAGAUCAACCAACAGGUCUUCAAAUCAUGGCAAACGAAGACAAAAAGCUACUUCCUAACCUCGAAGAGAAAAUGGAACUCUUCGUCCAAUUCCUCUGUCAGCAAAAGAAUUAUCUCGAGAUCAAAGACCGUUUGGGGCAUACACCACUAUUCCUCACCAUUGAGCAGAGAAAUAAAACUAUGGUGCAGUGGAUGUGUCAUGCUCAUCCUGACAUAAGCAACAUUAUUUCUAUCGUCGGAAGCAAGGGUAUGAAUUGUCUUCAUAUCGGUAUUAACGAAAGAAUCAAGUUCCUUGAUCUACUGAUAGACAAAGUAAAGCACGAGACUUUGGCUGCAAAGGACGAUAAUUGGAAUACACUGCUCCAUCUCGCUGUUGGCUACGAGAACUGCAAUAGAGAAAAGCUCGAAUACAUCAAAAUGAUCUUGGAAAAGGGUGAUCGGGCGAUCUUUGACAAAAGUGUCAGAAGGGGUCGAAAGAAAGCGGUGGAGGGAGCGGAAAAGCCUGGCAACGAUACAGAAUCUGCCCCAAGUCGAGGCAUCUCGUCAUCUAUGCCGCCUAUCCUUUCAGCCGACAUUUCGAUACAACCUGAGAUGCGAGACAACAUACAAGUCCAUCAUCGAACAAAAUAUGGAGGCAGCAUUCCCAUCCAGGCUUCUGGCCCCGUCGCCUCACCAGUCCCGAUUGUUGCUCCAGAUGCUGCAGACACCAAGAAGAAAGCAACUGGCGAGUCUGGCGCUUUCAAGUCCAAGAGCAAGAAGAGUGGCAGCAAGUCAGACAAGGAGCUUAGCUUUGAACUCUCUGGCAUGAUCCAUCCAGAUGAAUGUCUAACUCAAAAAGGACUUAGUAACCUUCUCCGCAAUAUCAAAUUCGAGGAUACUCUUCAAUACGUUUGGAUCCCCAGAAUCACCGUCGAGGAACCUCAGCAGAACUCUCAUCCCGAUUCGCCAUCUCACAGUGAUAAAGCUAUUGAGAAGGCCCUCAAAGACUUGUGCACUGAAGUCAUCGUCAAUGCUGCCCCCGAUGCACGAAAGGGUCUUGAAACGUCCUCCCGAACCGAAAACAACGUGAACGAGUUCCAUAACAGAUUGAAGCAACUAUGUCCCAAUGUCGAAGUCGAAUUGGAGUGGCCAAACAUGCACCGAAGACGAACGAACAAGGCCCCCGCUCGCGCUGAAGAAGUCGCAGAGCACACCACGAAGCACGAGUGGAUUCAAUGCAUGACAGACUUUAGCAGGAUGAUCUCUGACGACGAAGCAAACUAUGCCAUAGCCGCUGAGUCCAGAGUCAGCGAUAACAUCGAGCCAAUCCAGAUCGCUAUCAUUGACGAUGGGGUUGACAUGAAGGACCUCGACUACCGAUUCAUGGGUGGUAGAAGCUUUUGCGUACGCUCCGAACAUCGAGGUCUUCUAGAUCCAUAUUAUAUGUCUCGAACGGGGCACGGGGCUAUCAUGGCAAAGAAUAUCCACCUCGUGUGUCCGCAUGCAUCUCUCUGUGUUUUGAGGCUUAAGGACACUCCUUCUGAAGAUGGGACUAAGCUGAACAUCACCGCCAGAAGUGCUGCAAAGGCAUCCAUUCGUGCAACAAUAUUACAAGGAGUUCAGAUCAUAUCUAUGUCAUGGACCAUCGAUCCACCCAAGGAUGACAGAGAAAGACAAGAUCUAGAAAAUGCCGUCGUGGAGGCUGCCAACGCCAACAUCCUCAUGUUCUGCUCAGCAAGGGACAAAGGAGCUCACAAUGCCCCAACAUACCCCUCCAAAGAAACAGGCAAGAUAUUCACCAUCGGCGCUGCAAACUCCUCAGGUGCAAGUGUAGUCUACGUCGGCAAUGCCUCUGAGAUCAGCUACACCUUCCCCGGCGACAAAGUCGAAGUCGACGGCGGUCCAACCAGACGAACAACCCCAGAGAUCGUGGACGGGUCAUCAGUAGCGACUGCACUGGCAUCGGGUCUCGCAGCCCUGAUCCUCUAUUGUAUCCAGGUCAGAAUAUUUCUUGCGAAGGAUUCUGAGAAGCAAAAGGCUCGUGAGGCAUAUAGGAUGGUGAAGCAGCAUGACGGGAUGAUGAAGGCGUUUGAUGCUAUUGAUACGACCAAGGAGAGCAAUCAUAGGUUUCUUAAGUCAAAUCAACAGAAGACAAGCCUGAAACAAUAA